UCUGGGCCAGGCUGGAGCUGCACGGAGCAGCAGAGGCGUUCUUCCAAGGUAAUGAUUAAGCUAAGCGUCUGGCAAGGGCGUAGGCAGCAGAGCCGGGAAGGUGAGCCCUAUUCACACCUCAACCAGGUGGUGGUGGCCAAGACUGGUUUGGAAGGCAGGGCCCCAGGGCACGGGGGCCCAGAGCCGACAGCCACAGCCUCCCCCUGCACACGGGCAUCAAGGAGCAUCUCAGGCCGGAGUCUCUGCUGCCUGCCCUACUGGGACCCUGCCCUCAACCCUGGCACCAUGAAGCUGCAAAAGUUCUGGACUGGUCUGGAAUACACCUGCCGGCUCCUGGGCAUCACCACCGCUGCAGUGUUGAUCGGCGUGGGCACUGAGACCUUCCUCCAGGGGCAGUUCAAAAGCCUGGCUUUCUAUUUGCUGUUCAUAGGCACUGCCGUCUCCGUGUGUGAAGGGGCGUACUUUGUGGCUCAGCUGCUGGCCAUCUGCUUCCAGUGUCAACCAGAGUCCCUGGCCUACAGAGCAAGGGAGAAAGCCUGCUGGUUGGGCUGCUUCCAGAAGUUCCUGGCGUACAUGCUGCUGUCUGUGGCCUGCUUUCUCCAUCCCGUCCUGGUCUGGCACGUGACCAUCCCAGGUUCCAUGCUCAUCAUCACUGGCCUGGCCUACUUCCUGCUGAGCAAGCGGAAGAAAAGCAAGACCUCCCCAGAGGUGCUGGCCUCCCCUGAGCAGUACACGGACCCCUCCAGCAGUGCCGUGAGCACCACUGGCUCUGGGGACACCGAGCAAACCUACACCUUCCACGGGGCCUUCAAGGAUGGGCCCGGCUCCCUCUUCGUCCACAUGAAGAGCAUCCUGAAGGGGGCCAAGAAACCCGGUGCCCUCCAGUGCCCAGACACCCUGACGGGGCUGACCUUGGAGCCAGCUGACUCGCUGGUCAAGAAGAAGCAGGUGCACUUUGAGGACAGUACGGUCAGAAUCAUCCCGUCUCUCACUGAAGACCUGGAUGAUGGGGACAGCGAGCCGGAGGAAACCACCUCUGACACCACCCCUAUCAUCCCUCCCCCACAAGCCCCUAUUUUCCUGUCUUCUCUCGCAGACACCAGCCUGUUCUGAGUUGCUCCUUCCAGCCUGAGGGACACUCAGCAAGGGGUCUGCAGAGAUUGAUGGCCCUGCCUGGAGUUUUCUGAUACCUGAGGGACCCCCCAGGAGCUGGGGGUCGUCACAGAUCAGGGCUUCAAGGCGUGACCAGACUUCCCCACGGUAGUUAGGCUUCUGGGACCAUCAAGGGGUGUGGCAGAUCCUGUAGAUCCUUGAGGAAGGCGCAAAUGAAGCUUGCGCUGCCUCAAGCCAGCACAGGUUCCUCCUUCCUGGACACAGAGUGGGGAAAUCCUGGUGCUUUCACCGAAAGAGACCAUCAGUCCCGCUUCACAUAAGGCUGCUUCGGCACCGGAAGCCAGUGGGCUUCUCUUCUCCGGACACGAGGACCCAGCACUCAGCAAGGACUCAUCAUCCAUCCCAUCUCUGAUGCAACAACCCAGCUCUGAACAACCCCACGGGAGUGUUGGUUAUGAGCAGAUCCAGGGCAGGUGUUGGAGGUAGCCCUAGAUCCCAACCCCC